CAGAGCUCCCAUAAACAGAGCAUAAAGACUAUUACAUUGAGAUUAAAGGCAAUGGCGAAAAGUGACGUGAAGGUUCUGGGUGCAUGGCCGAGCCCAUUUGUGAUGAGGGCAAGAAUCGCCCUCAACAUCAAGUCUGUGGACUAUGAGUUCUUGGAGGAGACACUUGGAUCCAAAAGUGAACUUCUUCUCAAAUCAAACCCAAUUCAUAAGAAAAUUCCUGUUCUCAUACAUCAGGAUAAACCUGUUUGUGAAUCUCUCAUUAUUGUUCACUACGUCGAUGAGGUUUGGUCCUCUGGUCCCUCCAUUCUUCCAUCUGAUCCCUACGAUCGUGCCGUCGCCCGAUUUUGGGCCGCCUAUCUUGAUGAGAAGUGGUUUCCUUCCAUGAGAGGAAUGGCGAGUGCCCAAGGAGAGGAAGCCAAAAAAGCUGCAGUCGACCAAUUUGUGGAAGGUUUGAAUUUGAUGGAGGACGCUUAUGUGAAGUUGAGCAAAGGGAAGCCUUUCUUUGGAGGGGACAAAAUUGGGUACCUUGACAUUGCAUUCGGUUGUUUCCUGGCGUGGCUGAGAGUGACAGAGAAGACGAGUGGGAUGAAGCUUCUUGAUGAAGCCAGGACUCCUCAUUUGGCCAAAUGGGCUGUGAGCUUUUGCGCUGAUCCUGCUGUUAAGGAUGUCAUGCCUGAAACUGAGAAGCUCGCUGAAUUUGCUAAGCUUCUUGCCAAGUUCAAACCUGCCCCUCCAAAAUAAUUUCAUUCUGAGAUUAAAUUAUUGGAGAGGCUAGAACUAGUUGUGUGCUCAAGAGAAAUAAUGUUGUUUUGACUUUCUUGAGAAAUAAUCUUAAAAUUAAGUAUGUAUUGUGGAACUUACAAGUAAUUUCUUUUGGUCACUUUUGUGUUUGGUUGCAGGGAAAACUCUCCUCUCCUCAAGACUCUCUCUUGGUUCCAUUUGGAAAAGUUUAACUACAUAAAACAGGCAGAGAUUAGGAGUUCUAAUCAAAUGCAGAUGCUUUUAUUAAAGUUGGGACAAUUGGUUCAUAUGAAUUAGUUUCUCAUCAGUCUCUGAUAUUCUCCAUUAAUAUGCGUACCAAAUAAUCCUUAUCUAGUUAGUUUCUGAACUAGAUGCUCAUCAAGCAGACUUCGUAUCCAAUUGGGCACUUUUUUUUA